AUGCCGGGGUUCUGGCUGGACAGGGCUCGCUGUGCGCUGGACCUGUGCGUUCUGGCGGCCGUGUUGGCCUCGGGCUGCUCGGGUCAGUACCUGGAGCGCAGAGAGCCCGGCUCGUCCUGCUACGGGGGAUUCGACCUCUUCUUCGUCCUGGACAAGUCUGGAAGUGUACAGCACCACUGGAAUGAGAUCUACUACUUUGUUGACCAUCUGGCACACAAGUUCAUCAGUCCUCAGCUGAGGAUGUCCUUUAUAGUGUUUUCCACAGAAGGGCGAAUUCUGAUGAGACUAACAGCAGACAGGGACAAGAUUCGGGCGGGGCUGGAGGAGCUAGCACGAGUGCAGCCUGGUGGAGACACUUUUAUGCACAAAGGCUUAACUCUGGCCAGCGAGCAGAUCUACUAUGCUACUGGAGAUGGGUACCGCACAGCAAGUGUCAUCAUCGCCCUGACAGACGGGGAGCUCCGGGAAACUCAGUUUGACCUGGCGUCACGAGAGGCCAGUCGAUCCCGCCAGCUGGGUGCUACUGUGUACUGCGUAGGUGUGAAGGAUUUCAAUGAAACCCAGUUGGCAACAAUAGCAGACAGCAAAGACCACGUGUUCCCAGUGAAUGAUGGCUUUCAGGCACUGCAAGGUGUCAUCGAUUCGAUCCUGAAGAGAUCAUGCAUUGAGAUCCUGGCUGUUGAACCAUCGAAUAUUUGUGCUGGAGAGGUGUUCCAAGUGGUGGUGAGCGGCAACGGGUUCCUGCACGCACGGAACGUGGAGCAGAUCCUGUGCAGCUUCCGCAUCAACGACACCGUCACUAUGAUGAAGAGGCCCUUGGUGAUUGAGGACACCUAUCUUCUCUGCCCUGCUCCAGUACUGCAGGAGGAAGGAACGACCGCCACUCUGUACGUGAGCAUGAACAAUGGCCUGAGCUUCAUCUCCAGCUCCGUCACCAUCCGCGCCGAGGCCUGUGCUGACGGCACGUUCCUGGUGCUGGCGCUGCUCAUCCUGCUGCUGCUGCUGGCCAUGGCGCUGCUGUGGUGGUUCUGGCCGCUCUGCUGCACAGUGAUCAUUCACGAGGCCCCACCACCAGUUAUGGAAGACUCUUCGGAUGAUGAAGACAGCGCCUACCCCAAGAAGAACUGGCCUACAGUGGACGCUUCUUAUUAUGGAGGACGAGGGGUUGGUGGAAUUAAACGAAUGGAGGUGAGAGGUAAGAUCGACGCUCUCUGGGUGUGGCUAAGAAGAGGCUAUGACAGAGUAUCAGUGAUGAGACCGCAGCCUGGGGAGAAGGGUCGCUGCAUCAGUUUCAGCCGGGUGAAGAGUUACCCUCCACCUCGCUAUCCAGUCGUCUACAACCACCCCUCCACCCCCGUCUACACCCUCCCCCACUCCUAUAGCCCACCUGCACCCCAGGGCAAGCUGCCCCCAAGCCCCUGCACCCCACCCACACCCACCUCCACCCUCCCCCCUCUGCCCUCCACACCUCCCCCAAACACCAUCACCCCGCCCUCUCACAUGCCUCCACCAAUGAGAGAGCUCCCUCCCAACUCAGCGUGCCUGCCGCCGCCCCCUGCACCGCCGUCGCCAAUCGGAAGCCUGCCACCCCCCCCUCAGGCCUCUCCCCCUGGCAGAGCCCCUCCCCCCACCCGACCCCCACCUCGUCCGUCUUGCUGA